UCCAAUACCGAAACGAAACGAGGUGCUAACUCUCCGCGGCACCACCAGGAGCGGCAUCCGGCUUAAAGGCCAUGGCCGCCUCGGUCGGAAAACUCUCCCCCGCAGCCGUUCUGUGCUCGGUGGCCGCCGCUCAUUUGCUGCCUCCUCGGAGCAUCGUAUCCUUCAAAACCCCUUCUCCCCUGAUCCAUUCCCUCCCUUCUUCGAGACCAAUUAGGCCGCCGGGUCCCAAAUUCCAAGUCCGAGCGGCGAGAACCGACUCCGGUAGCGUCUCACUUGGCUUCAGAGCUCCCUAUUUCGAGCUUCCGGAGCCCUUGACGGGGAAGGUGUGGAAAUUGGAUGACUUCGAGCCUUAUCCUGCCUUGUUGGUGAUGUUCAUCUGCAAUCACUGUCCAUUUGUUAAACACUUGAAAAAGAAUAUCGUGAAGCUUACAAAUUUCUAUAUGGGGAAGGGGCUGGCAGUUGUUGCAAUCUCUUCAAAUUCCACAGUUACACACCCACAGGAUGGGCCGCAAUUUAUGGCAGAAGAAGCUAAAUUGUUUAACUACCCCUUCCCAUAUCUAUUUGAUGAGUCACAAGAUGUUGCACGGGCUUUUGGAGCGGUCUGCACGCCAGAGUUCUUCCUUUUUAAAAAGGAUGGGAGAAGGCCAUUUGAGCUGCUCUACCAUGGGCAGUUUGAUGACUCACGACCAUCAAAUAAUGUGCCCAUAACUGGAAGGGACUUGAGUCUUGCAAUAGACUGUGCUCUUAGCGGCCAACGGUUGUCAUCAGUGCAAAAGCCUAGUGUUGGAUGCAGCAUAAAAUGGCAUCCAGGAAAAAGCCUGUGAUUCUUUACAAUAUGUCCCGUAAUAUAUGAUGUUGAACAUAUAUAUUGAGACUUAUGCUGAUAGGAGGAUGAUCAUGGUGCAGGAUUCCCCUGAAGACAUCAAAAUACCAAGGCGGUGCACAUUUAAUCUUCAAGCCAAUUGCUGCAUCAACUGAAUACAUGAAUGUAAAUGCUAAUCAGGUUCAUGUAACUACAAAUUUGAUCUUUUCUUGCUGUUUUAUGUCUUCCCAUGUUUAAAAGCCACUUCUUUUAUUGGUGAACAAAAUAAGGGCAUAAGAUUCUCGAGUCUCGACUAUCAUUAACAACAUCCUAUCUUUUAUUCUUGCUA